AUGGGUCUGAGGGUGGAGAACUCGUUAUCAACAUAUGAACCUCAUUGCUGCGUGGUCGUCUACUCGAUCGUGGACCGCAACACGUUCCGCGUCACCGAGGAGAUCCUCAACUAUCUGUGGUCGGAGAACUACACCAAGGAGAAGGCGGUCAUCAUCGCGGCCAACAAGUCCGACCUGGCCCGGUCCCGGGCAAUCAGCACCUCUGAGGGGAAACAGUUAGCCACCUCGCGGGAGGCGAAAUUCAUCGAAACGUCCAGCGGAAUCCAGCACAACGUGGACGAACUGCUCGUGGGUGUGCUGAAACAGAUCCGCCUCAAGGAGCAGCGCGAGAAGCGCGCCAGUGCCACCAACCUGCGUAACUCGCGCACCCAGAUGUCGCUGCACAUCGCCAAAGAGAUCCUGCACAAGAUCUGCCUCACCGACAUCACCAAGUCGAAGAGCUGUGAAAACCUGCACGUGCUGUAAAUCGAAUUUAUCCUUCCCAUAGGAAAAUUCCGAAUUCUCCCUUCCGAACUUUGCCAUAUCAUGAAAAACGCGCUAAGAGUUGAGACUUUUCAAAAGUAAGAAGAAUAUUGCCAAAUCAAACAGGUAUAAACCACAUUAAGGGGGUUUCCAUUUGCAAAGAAGCGAGUUUUUAGUGAACGUGUAAACCUAGUUAGAUUCACUCCAAAUCAAACCACGCGGGCACUGUCUCUCGCACAAAAAAAGCUCACACACGUGGGGUGGGGAAGUGGGAAAAAGUCGUAAACCUACAUAACCUAAUAUCAUCGCCACACGAGACGACGACGGCGAAGAAGCGCGCGAACGUAAGUACGAGUCGUAAAUCGAGUAGAAAACGUUUAACGUGCAGGGGUUUUAGCGCAAAGAAAAAAAAAAGAGAUGAGAUUUAUUCGCAUCAACCACACUUCUAAGUAAAAAACGAAAGGCCCACAAAUUAUAUUACCCUUCCUAGUCGUAAAAUUUGCAAAGAAGCCCCGAGUGAAAUCUAAUUAGUCAGUAAUAACACAGUUUGUUAAUUUUUCGAACACUCUGAAUUUAUUGAUCAGGGUAAAUUUUAUCUCCGAACAGUGAUCAAAAUCUUUAUCAUGUAAAAUUAUAUCAAUUUAAACCAAACAAAACAUGUUUUUGUUAAAUUAACAAGCCGUGUUCCUACUGUCCCAACAUCAUUUUGCUCGGGGUUAAACGUGCUCAAAACAUGCAGGAAAGACCUGUGCCAAACUUGACCCCUCAGACUGAACCUGGCGUGUACGCAAACACACACUCUUAUUUGUCCUCUUCGGUUCCGAACCGGUGGACAACCCCCUCUCCUCCCAUGUGACCCUCCCUCCCACCCCCGCCAAGUUCCCUGGCGAAACAAAACCUGUUGCUGACGGCGGUGGCCUUUUUGGUGUGUGUUGCUAAAGUUGUUGUUGUUGCCGUUGCCGUUUGUUGAGUGUUGUUGAUAGGACCCGGACCGCGCCGCGUCUUGUACAUAUGUUUGUGUUCCCUUGACAUUCACCUUUCUUCGAUGAUGCUCGAUUGAAAAAAAAACCCGCGCAGGGCCACUUUCGAGUGCGUGGCCAUGUGUGUAGCUAGAUGCCCUCAAGGGAUCGAGGGCGGGGAGGGUUGUUUGGCAAGUUUCACUUGAGAGUCUUUUUUUGGAUCGAAAACAGCUAAACAACAAUCCCUGUUACCUUUGAGAUCUGCAAAUUCGCUCAGCAAACUAGCUUAGAUUAGGCACUGCUCCCGAGAAAUCGCAUACGUAUUAAUGGAAGAAACGCUUCCCACCGAUUAAUAUUGCAAGUUAAUGACAACUCAAACGCUUUCAACUGUUUUCUCUAAUAGUUAUGUGCUCUUUCAGUUGCGUGUGAUGAGUAGCUAAUAAUAACAAUAAGUAUUAUAAGUGCAGCUGGAAAUGUUUGCCAAACGUUAUACAUAAGUUGGCUAUUAAAAAAGAAUAUAUAUCCUAUUGAUAGCACUGUUGAUUCUAAAGAAAAGGAAAUGGCGAUAAAUAAUUGCGCAUAUAAAUAUAUUUAAAUUACGUAUUAUGUAAGACUGGAGACAAUGAAACCCAUAUAUCAAAAAGGGGAAACAGAAAAAAAUGCAGACAGCAGUAGGCGACGACGACGCGACGCGACGAAACUUAACCUUAAUCGGCCUACUACUAGUAGUGGAUGUUUUCGAUGUUGUUUUAAGGAGGUAUUACACUGCAUUAUGCUUUGUUUUUAAAACAGAAAAAAAAACUCAGUUGACAAUUGAGCAGCU